AUGUCCCAACCACGCGUUUUUCCUACCUCAGGAUUCGAUAUCUUAGAUCCCUCUAAAGAAUUCGAAGAAGAAACUCUUCCGGAUUAUUUGAAGGAGCGCUACUAUCCAGUUCACAUUGGUGAAGUUUUCAAUUCUCGAUAUCAGGUUGUAACUAAGCUUGGCUUCGGCUCAUCGUCAACUGUACGGCUAUGUCAAGACCUACGUGAGGAGCGCUAUUCAGUCCUGAAAGUGCACGUUCGAACUAGGCGACACCUCCCAGAAGUUGAGACUUCGAAUUACUUGAAAGCUAAUAUUGACGUUCAUGGUGGUGAAAUGUAUGUUCGGCUUGUCACUAACUCAUUUGAAGUUAUUGGGCCAUAUGGAAUGCAUCCAUGUCUCCUGUAUCAGCCUGCUGGUAUCGAAAUCCGUGAUAGUAUGCAUUGUCUUGAGGGCGAUGCUUUGCCAGAGAAUCUCCUUCGACCUACCCUCGGAUUUGUCCAUAUUGCACUAGAUCACCUCCAUGAAGCCAAAGUUACCCAGACGGAUGUGCAGCCAAACAAUAUCCUUUUAGGCAUUGUUGACGAAUCAAUCCUUACGGAAAUGGAAGAUGAGAUUUCCAAGCCCGCCCCUCAAAAGCAGCUAUGUGAUCGCACAAUUUAUGCCACGCGUGCGAUGCCUUUGACUAGCAGUGAACCGAAUCUUGCCGAUUUUGGAGAGGCGCGAUUUGCUAAAGAAAAACAAACCGGCCUCAUAAUGCCAAAUGCAUGGACAUUGUUCGAGCAAGGACAUCUUUUCAAGAGUCGAAAUCAUGAGAAUGAGACAGACUACGCUCAGCGGUUUGCGGAAAUGAUUUCUCUUCUGGGACCACCCCUUGAAGCGAGCCUUAAGCUUUGGGACAGGAAUGGUAUUUGGAAGGCCUCCAUAGAAAUUCCAGAGCAGUCGCUGGAAAUUCGUGGCUCCCGGCUUGAGUCUAAUGAUAAGGCGAUUUUCCUCCAGUUCCUAUGGAAGACUUUGCGUUGGCUCCCUGAGAAAAGACCAACCGCGAAGGAGCUCCUUUUAGAUGAGUGGCUAAGAGGAAAUGAUUAUUGA